AUGUAUCUAAUAUACUUCAUCUUACCUGCUUUAGCCAAAGCGAUAUACGUCAUCACCGUUUACGGAGACGUAUAUAAGGACACGGAGUUCUUCACGCGGAUGUAUCCUUGGAUCGUGGACAACAUCGGCGGGGACAUCUCCGUGGACUACCACCUGCUGGGGAGCGGCCGGUACUCGGUACCGCAGAUGUGCGCACUGGGCCAACUCAGGUCGAACACCUAUCUGCAGGCGGAGUUCUUGAAAUGCGAGGCUAAAGGCACGAAAAGCGAGAUCUGUCUCUGCAGAAGCGGCAUCGACCCUCAAAAGUUCAGGCAAUGCGUGCUGGAGCGAGGCAACAUGGCGGGCUUGGCUGCUUUUAAACAUUCGCAGCUAGACGUAGACGCCAAACCGAUUAUCGAGCUAGGACCCAGGAUCACCGUGUCUCAGGUUCCUGCCGAAUAUUACCUGAAGAAAAUCUGCACUAUAUUCGGCGAUGACAAACCCACAGGUUGCGUAAAACCUUACGCUUGCGACAACGGCAUGGAAGCUUUGCAGACAAGAGCACUCGCUUCCUUCGAUUGUAACAAACUGGAUAACGUUUGUGAGGAAUAUUCUCUAAUUCCAGCCUAAUAAUAGUAUUUUAUACAAUCGUGAUAUAAUAGAGAGCUUUUCAGUCGAGUACCGUGUUUAGGUCACGAAGCUUGCUGAGUGGCCUAAUGAAGGCACGAGAUUGAAAAGCUCUAUUAUAUCACUAUUGUAUACAAUACUUUUUCUACGAGUCACCUAAAAUAAUAAUUUUUCUACUA